UCAAUUCAGAGGUUCGUGUGUUUUACAACCUUUAUUUUUUUAAUUGUGGUAUAGGUAUAUGGUGCAGUGGUUCGAAGUUGGUGUGCUAUCGAAGCGCUGCUUGAUGGGAUUGCCAUUUUUAUUAAUAAUAUUUGGUUCAUGUUUCAAGAGGAGCACAUGUUAUUACAUAUUCUCAUUUAUUUUUACAGCAAGAACAAUACUGCUCCAUGAGGUAAAAUGAUGGCUGACAGAUCUUAUAGAAACUUUACAAAUUACUCUGCUUAUUAUUAUACUGGUUUGGACAAAGUUAUUAUCCGCAUCAUUAUGCCGAUCGUGGUCACCAUAGGUAUCAUCGGCAACAUAAUGACAAUUAUCGUGAUUGCAAGUAAAAAAUGCAAGUACACAUAUUUUAACAUAUACCUUGCAAACUUGGCAGUAGCUGAUACUUUGUACUUACUAGUGGCACCUACUUGGAUUUGGAACUCUUAUGUUAAAAGUCCGAUACAUUAUGUUUAUGACAUGGGUGAAGGGAGUGAUUGGUUUUGUCCGUUCUUUUUUUAUACAAUUGGAGUAGCGACAACAGUCGCACUUUUCACAAUUUUUUGGCUGUCCGUUGAACGUUAUAUUGCAAUUUGCAAACCAUGGAAGUUCAGAAAAAGCGGAUUUGGAAUUAGUUCAAGAUCUAUAAAGAUCUGCGGCAUCAUCUGGCUCUUAGGCUUGUCUUUGAUGGCAAAGCAUCUCACCUUAUCUUCUACAAAAUUAAUUGUUGAAGGUCUAAAUUUUACAAGGUGUGAACCUAGUGAACUGCAUUUCAACAUUUUACUGUUCGUAGAACUACCUCUAAUCAUUUUAGCUGUCAUAGUCGUGGUAGUUCUUUAUACAUUGAUGCUGAUCUCAUUACGAAAGGCACUUGUUAUUUCAGCUAAUUCGACCGUAAAGAAAUCCAGAUCUAAAUCGGAAAUGAAAAUUUUUCUGACAUUAGUUGUGACUGUCAUUGUUUAUAUUGUUGGUAUCUACCCAAAAUAUAUAUAUAGGUUAUUGCUCAGAUAUGAAAUUGCAGACAACAUUUCAACAAUGACAAUCUUUGACCUUAUGUGUAUCAUAAAUUCGUCGGUGAAUCCGUUGAUAUAUAAUGUAAUGAACGACACCUUCAGACUAGCUUUUCGUGACGUAUAUUGCAAAAGAUGUAAUAAAAGGUGAAUUCUGUUAGCAGCGGCUGCCGCCGAAUUGAGAGGAGGCAGAGGGGCCCGAUGGGAAUCCUCGUCGGGGAAAAUGCAAUUAUUUCGACUUGCAACACUGCUGUUAAAAAAACUUUUUUGCAGUAUCAGGGUGCCAUUUAGCAUAUAGAGGUGCAUAUUCUUUUUUAAACCCCCAGUAUGGACGUUUAAAAACAUCUCGUCUUAAUGAGACUGGCCUAUAGUAUGUGUAUUCAUAAUGUAAUUUAUUUAGGAAUCGCUUAAAAAGCAUCUUUCACUAUUUUACUGAUUAAAAUUGCUGUAUAAUACUUCCUUAUUAGCUGCUAUCACGACUCGCAGAUAAAAAUACGACAAUAAUACUUUCACUAAGAAAAAAGCAAGAAUAAUAAAAUUGUAAGUUAUGCACUGAUAUAGAAUGAUAAAUUUUACUUUAGUAUGCUAUUGUCAAUGAUAUUUUAAAAAAAUCCAAAUACUUUUAAAUGUCAUAAGUUGAUGUCUUUUAAUGACUGUACUCUUGUAUGUAAUGCAUACAAAAUAUCUGUAUUUAGCGUGCUCAAGAAGAUGUGAUUUACUUCUCCCGCUUUAUGAAAUGUUUUAUUUUAAUGUUAUAAAAGGGCCAAGGCCUAAAUGCACAUUAAUCUCCUUGGGGUCUAGGCUGACGAACGAACCAACAAACAUAUCAGCCUAACACAAUUCGAAUCUCUAAGCCCAUGUAUUGUAUUAAAUUUAAAUAUCUAUUCCAAUAUGCUGUCAGGUUUUAUCUGCAUCAAAAAAAUGACAAAAAUGUCUUCAAUGAAUUAUCGAAAAAGCAGUUUUUAGAGAAACUAGAAUAAAAUUAUUAGGUCAAAAAUUGAUGAAAGUAUGUUCAUAACAAAAAUUAGAUUAAUUUUAAUGUUUUAGUUUCCUGAAAAGCGCUGCCAGUCUCACUACAAUCUUAUUAUUGUAUUGUCAAUUUGUCUCAACAACAUUGGCCGUAUUCGAAUGGUUGAUUUUCGUUAAAAGCAUAUAGGCCCUAGCUGGUUAAAACACGCCUGCCUGACUCAACAAAUGGCUGCCGCGUAGUUACCACGAUACACACUAAGAUAGUCAAGUUUACUUCGGCUAGUGGGUUUUAUUAUAAAUUAUUUUUAUGUACUUAUGGAAUUCUGUUAGCCUUAUUUAUUAUGUGGGCAAUUAUAAAUUUAUGAAAUUUAAUCUAAAUUCUAUUUAACGCAAAUAUUUUUGUAAAACUGACUAAUCGACCAUAUUUGUUUUUGUCCCAUGAAUAACUUAUUGGAUGAAUAACGCACUCUGCCGUACGUUAAUUUGCGUUUUCAACGAAGUCUAUUUUACAUUUUACGAACAAGCCGAAUAAAAAUCGUUGUAUCGAAACAACCAAUCGAAUACGGCCAUUUUAAAGACACAGAUCACAAAAACAAAUCAUUUUACGCUGAUUUCAUUAACUGUUUUCGGCGGACGACGUAAACGUUCCCAAAUACUCGCGAGUUAUCUGGAUGUUUUGGGUUCGAUUCCCACCCUAAUCACCUGCGAUUUUUUUUUUUCGCGAGCUGAGUAUUCGGUACGAAAACGCGUCAGGUAGGGCAAAACAUCACUGAUAUGAUAUUUUCCUGAUGCAAACUCAAUCGAAAUUGCAUUUGGAACAAAAAUUCAACGAUGAGCGAUGAAAUGGGGAAAAUACGGUAACCAGUGGCGUCAUACGCUUGGGCGCUGACGGGGGACGGAGCGCCAGGUCCCCAGGCACUAGGGGCCCCGACAUUGUAGUUUAAAAAAAAAAAUAAUAAUAAAUUGCUUAACUUGUACGUAGCCUAAAUAAAAAUCCCCAGAUAUUUUAAAAUAAUAAUGAUAAUUUUUAUUAGUACACAAAA